AUGUCUGCACCACACAAGUCAGCCGCGCAGGCCGUAUACCUGCUGCCAUUGACCGACGCCGGCGCACCAGACGUACCGGGGACCUACAUCUACCUACCACCGCCGACUGAACCUGCCUACUCCGUUCGCUUUCAGAUCCAGGGUACCAGCUCGAUAUGCCGUCAAGGCAGUCUCUGGGUGAACAUCCCAGCCAAGGGCGAGCAGUUCAGCCGCGGUCACUACCGCGAAUACAAACUGAAGCCUGACUUCAACGGCAUCACCGAAAUCGAUGUCCCCAUCUACGAGGCCAACGCUUACUCUUUCUACACCACCUACACACCGCUGCCGCAGUGGUCGUUCACAGAUGUCGCAACACCAGAGCCCACACGGACGUCCACAUACUACAUCGAUGUCUGCCCGCGCCUUACCCUUCAGGGCCAGCAGCUACCAAUUGAGGCUGUCUCGCUCUUCUCUUGUCUCUCGAAAUUCAUGGGCGAAUACCCUAGCGACUGGGACAAGCACCUCCAAGGCAUCAGCCAGCGCGGCUACAACAUGGUGCACUUCACUCCUCUCAUGAUCCGCGGCAGUUCCAACUCGCCCUACAGUAUCUAUGACCAGCUCGCCUUCGACUCGACCGUCUUUCCCAACGGCGAGCAGGAUGUUGCUCGUAUGGUCAAGAAGAUGCAGUCUGAUUACAACCUUCUUAGUAUGACGGAUGUUGUCUGGAACCACACAGCAAACAACAGCAAGUGGCUCGAAGCGCAUCCUGAGGCUGGAUACAAUGUUGAUACCGCCCCAUGGUUACAAUCGGCGCUGGCGCUCGACACCGCACUUCUGCAGUUCAGCAAAGAUCUCAAGGCACACGGCCUCCCAACCAAGUUCAACAACACGGAAGACCUCUUGAAGGUGAUGGAGGUCAUUAAGACAACUGUGUUGGGCAGUAUCAAGCUUUGGGAGUUCUACGUUAUCGACGCAGAGAAGAGUGCCAACGCCAUCAUCGAGAAGUGGAUAGCUGGCCAAGCCAAGUUCACAGAUGACAGCUUUAGUGCGGCUGGUCUUCGUGGUCUUGAUGCUGUCAAGAACUGGUCCCUCAAACAGAAGGCUGAUUGGCUCGUGGAGCACGCGCUGCAAGGCGGUGAUAGGAUGGGUGAGCGCUUUCGUCGUCACAUCGAUCCUGCCGUGGGCGCUGGUCUUCUUUGCGCCCUUUUCGGUCGCUAUGACAGUCGCACUGGUAACACACCCGACGAGAAGGAAGCUCGUGACGCCAUCACCGGUAUUUGCAACGAAAUCAAUCUACCCUUCUACCGCGAGUACGACAGUGACAAAGCCGAGAUCUUGGAGCAGCUCUUCAACCGGAUCAAGUAUGUUCGAUUGGACGACCAUGGUCCUAAGCUGGGCGAAGUCACUGACGCCAACCCUCUCAUCGAGCCUUACUUCACUCGCCUGCCGCUGAACGAAACCACCAAGAAACACAACCCAGAUGCGCUUGCACUGGUCAACAACGGUUGGGUCUGGGCUGCGGAUGCCAUGAGGGACAACGCUGGGCCCAAGUCGCGCGCGUACCUGCGAAGAGAAGUCAUUGUCUGGGGUGACUGCGUCAAGCUUCGAUAUGGCAAUGGACCUGAGGAUAACCCCUUCCUCUGGGAACACAUGUCGAAGUACACACGGUUGAUGGCGAAGUACUUCCAAGGCUUCCGCAUCGACAACUGUCACUCCACGCCGAUCCAUCUCGCCGAGUACAUGCUCGAUCAGGCACGACAAGUCAACCCCAACGUUUUCGUCGUCGCUGAGCUGUUUUCAGGCUCAGAAGAGAUGGAUUUCAAGUUUGUCAUGCGUCUUGGCAUUGCCUGCUUGAUCCGUGAGGGUAUGCAAGCGUGGAGCACCCAAGAGCUGAGCAGAUUAGUGCACCGCCACGGUGGUGUUCCAAUUGGCAGCUUUGAAACGGACGAAGUAUUGAACGCUGACCACGCGAGCGGUACGACUGGUUCCGCCAAGAACCGCACGAGCAUCAAGAAAAUCAAGCGUAGUCCUGUACAUGCACUGUUCAUGGACUGUACACACGACAAUGAGACACCUGCUCAGAAACGGGAUGCGCGCGACACUCUUCCUCAAGCCGCUCUAGUUGCCAUGUGCUCCUGCGCCACUGGCAGUGUCUUUGGCUACGACGAGGUCUACCCAGAACUCAUCGAACUCGUCCACGAGAAGAGACUUUAUUCGUCGAGCAACUCGACUGGAGGCCCGAUCAAAGCACAGGCCGGUGAAGGCGGUAUUGGAGGCAUCAGGAAGAUCAUCAACGACAUUCACUACAAGAUGGGCAAGGAGGAAUACGACGAGACGUACAUUCACCACGAUCAAGAGUAUGUUACCGUCCAACGCGUCAAUCCUCACACCCGGAAGGGUUACUUCUUGAUCGCUCACACAGCGUUCCCUGGAUACGGGAACGGUAAUGGAGGCUUUGGUCAGACCAAACUACCAGGAACGAAAGCGAAGCUCAUUGGCAGCUGGAACCUGGAAGUUGACAACAGUCCUGAGACCAGGGCCCGGAUCAUCGGCGACAAGACUACGCUCCGUGGUUUGCCUGCUCAAACACACGACCUCAAGGGCGUUGUAGUUGAAUCUGUUGGCGACUCGACUACCAUUAGCAUCCCCGACAAGUUCCCACCUGGCAGUAUCGCUCUCUUUGAGACAUGGGUGCCAAGUGCAGAACACGCUGACGGUCUCGACAAGUACGUCACAGGUGGCGCUCGUGCUGCUUUCCGUGAUGUCGACCUGAUCGACCUGAACUACAUCUUGUACAGAUGCGACGCUGAAGAGAGAGACGCCACGGACAACAAAGAUGGGACAUACAACGUGCCAGGACAUGGCAACCUCGUCUAUGCUGGUCUCCAAGGUUGGUGGAGUGUGCUCCGCGACAUUGUUAACGAAGACAAUCUUGGGCAUCCUCUUUGCAAUCAUCUCCGAGAAGGGCAAUGGGCUCUUGACUACUGCGUCGGUCGACUUGAACGCAUCUCAGAGAAGAAGGAAUAUCACAGAAUCAGAGGCCCUGCCAAGUGGUUGAAGUCGAGGUGUGACGCUAUCCGCAAGCUACCGAAUUUCUUGCUUCCUCGUUACUUUGCUCUGGUCAUUCAGACUGCCUACAACGCUGCGGUUGACCGGUCUAUCGAGCUCAUGGGCAACAAUGUCCGCAAUGGUCAGCAGUUUCUAAAGAGCCUUGCCCUUGUCAGCAUCCAGGUCACCGGAUACAUGAACAGCGCAUCGCUCUGGCCUGAAAAAAAGGUUCCCAGCAUGGCGGCCGGUCUCCCUCAUUUCGCAUACGACUGGGCUCGUUGCUGGGGCCGCGACAUCACCAUAUCAGCUCGUGGUCUAUACAUGGGAACUGGUCGAUAUGCUGAUGCAAAGGAGCACAUCUUAGCCUUCGCCAGUGUGCUCAAGCAUGGCAUGGUCCCCAAUCUCCUGAGUGGCGGCAAGCUUCCCAGGUACAACUCCAGGGACUCAGUCUGGUGGUUCCUGCAGAACAUUCAGGACUACACCAAGAUCGUUCCCAAUGGCUUGGACCUGCUCCAGGACAAGGCCAAGAGACGCUUCUUGCCCUAUGAUGACACCUGGUUCCCUCAUGACGACAAGCGGGCUUACUCUGUGUCUUCUACGAUUGAGGAUGUGAUUCAUGAAGCGCUGCAGCGCCACGCCUCUGGAAUAGAAUUCCGCGAGUACGAUGCCGGGCCGAACAUCGACAGCCAGAUGAAAUCUGAAGGCUUCAACAUCAAGAUCUGGACCGACUUCGAGACGGGUCUGACUUUCGGCGGUAACCAGUUCAACUGUGGCACCUGGAUGGACAAGAUGGGUGAGAGUGAAAAGGCUGGCAGCAAGGGUGUACCUGGUACCCCCCGUGAUGGCGCACCAGUUGAGAUCAUUGGCAUGCUCUACAGCACCGUUCGCUGGUGCGCAGAUCUAUACGAGCAGGGCAAGUUCAAGUACGAAGGCGUUACUCUGCCUGAUGGCAAGCACACUAUCACCUACAAGGCGUGGGCGGACAAGAUCAAGGCCAACUUCGAGCGUACCUUCUACGUACCCCGAUCCUCGGAAGAAGAUGGCGACUACGAUGUCAAUCCUAGUAUCAUCAACCGUCGCGGUAUCUACAAGGACUUGUACCGAUCCGGAAAGGAGUACGAGGACUACCAGUUGCGACCAAAUUUCCCUGUUGCGAUGUCCGUGGCGCCAGAUCUCUUCGACCCUGAGCACGCUCUGUAUGCUUUGCAGAUGGCCGAUCGCGUGCUGCUCGGACCGCAGGGCAUGAAGACACUUGACCCUAGCGAUCUGAACUACCGUGGCUACUACAUCAACAGCGAGGACUCGACUGACUUCCACACCUCAAAGGGUCGCAACUAUCACCAAGGUCCUGAAUGGGUCUGGCCGACAGGAUUCUUCCUCCGUGCACUGCUCAAGUUUGACCUCAAGCGCCGCAAUACGCCUGAGGAGCGCGUUGAGAGCUACCAACAGGUUACACGCCGCCUUGCUGGCUGCAUGAAGGCCAUCCAGGAGAGCCCCUGGGCCGGACUCACCGAGCUCACCCAGAAGGACGGAGAGUUUUGCGGUGAUUCGUGCCCCACGCAGUCGUGGUCCGCUAGUUGCAUAAUCGACUUGUUCCAGGACGCGCGAGAGUACGAACUCAAGGAGUCUUCGUAA